AUGGGAAGUCAAUCGUUUCAAUUUACGUGGAAUAAUCACGAGAAAGAUCUUGUGUCUAGUUUCAAGCAGUUAUUGACUACGGAAGGUUUGACGGACGUCACUCUAUCUUGCGAAGGAAAAAUAAUGAAAGCGCACAGAUUGAUACUGAGCGCGAGUAGUCCAUUCUUUAAAAAUAUUUUUAUGGAUAAUCCGAAUCAAUAUCCCGUUAUUGUCCUAAUCGAUACGAAGUAUUCCGAUCUGAAAAUGAUUCUGGAUUUUAUUUAUAACGGCGAAAUUAAUAUCCCGAGAAGUCAACUUGCUAGACUUUUAAAGACUGCAGAAGCGCUGAAAAUAAAAGGUUUAAUUCAAUCCGAAGAAGCUCCGGAAGAAAUGGCAAAUGAAUCUGUCGAAGUUUGUACUUCGCUACCGAGGAAAAGAAAACGGAGGAGGAAGAGAAGUUCAAGUGAAUCGGAUGACGUGGUUGAGAUUCCCUCUACAGUUAAGCCGUUAGAACCUCCACUUUUAUCUCGGUACCGAAAAAAAAAAUCUUUUACGUCGUUUGCAGAUAAUAAAAUACCCGAAUCGACCCAGGACGAAGUCGAAAUAAUCGAAAAUACCCCGAUAAUCUAUCUCGAAGACGACGAUGAGAUCGAGAUCGUACAGGAAAAUGAAAGUGAACAUUUCGAAUUUGAAGCUCCAUCCGUGCCGAUAUCGUUGCAGAAUCUUGUUUCAACAACUACGUCCGACCCAUCGACAUUCGUUAUAGCAUCCACAUCUACACCUAUUUCGAAUGAAAUUAAAAUAAGCGAUGUAAGGACAGAUGAUAACGAUCGAUUGUCCGAAAAUUCUGCAACUAGGGAUUUUUCUCUUCAAUAUUCGUCUGCAAGUUUCGAUACUGAACCUCCAGCGACGUCCAGUCAAACCGGUUUAAACCAAAGCGUUCCCGACGAUCCUCGUGAAGAACCUUCAAUGUCGGAGCCAUCGUUAGCCGGUACUUCGCUAUCGAGGGAAAUAAAACGGAGGAAGAGAAGCUCCAGUGAAUCGGUCGAGAUUCCCUCUAAAGUUAAGUCGUCAGAACCCCAACUUUUAUCCUCGUACCGGGAAGAAAAAUCUUUCACGUCGUUUGCGGAUAAUAAAAUACCCAAAUCGACCAAGGACGAAGUCGGAAUAAUCGAAAGUCCUCCGAUAAUCCAUCUCGACUAA